AUGCUGUCCUUCACGCCAAAGCCCGUCUUCUCAUGGGACAACCGUCCCGCCGUCUCCUCCCCGCUAUCCUCAUCUCCAGUCCGCGCCUCAUCGCCUCUUUCUGCCGCCGACGAGCCGGCGCAGAGCAGCCACCCUCGCCAGAUCCAGUCGUCGCCCAUCAGGCCCAUCAACUUCAAGUACCAGGCGCGUCCCGCGCGGCCGAACCCCGUCAUCAAGAGGCGCGAGGAGGCCCAGGAGCAGAGGCGGCGCAACUUUCUGCAGAACGUCCGCCAAAAGGCCGAGGACAAGUCCUGGCAGAGGAGAGACAUUGAGGGCCAGUUUCUCAAGACAAACUGGCUUGCUAACGUCGGCCGUCUGUCCUAUGAUGCCCCCUCGCUGUCUGAGGCGGAUAUCGAGGAUGCCAUGGCCUUUUCGCAGGAGUCUGCGCAGCCCCAGAUGGACGACGACUUGAUUCCGGAGGAGCUCGUCGAGGAGGAGCACAUGCUUACGUCUUACGAAGAGGAAGUACUGGCUCAACGAGGGCAUGCGCUGCCCACUCUGGCCGAGGAGAGCGAUGAGUACGACGACAUAUUUGCCGAGCUCAUCUCACAAGAGCAGCAUCUUUCACAGCAGCAUCAUUCGUCGCAGCCUUCAAGCCAGAUGGAUAUUGAUUAA